CAUUCGACUGACGGGACGUGCGCUUGCCAUCCGACAUGACAUUCGGUGUAUUGUCCCAAAUGGGGGCGGGAAGUAAGCAGUUUAUAGACAGGUAUGCAGAAUACGGGACCCCCGUAGCGGACCCACACGUGGUAUACGCGUACGAGCCUCCAACCCAGGGGCAUGUCGAGGCUUCUUCCAAACACACAUACGGCGGCGGACACAAAAGCAAUGCGGCCAUGUCGGCGCUCACGCUGCUAGCUUUCCUGUUCUUCCUACACAUCUUGCAGCAAUGCAUCAAGGACCACAUGGCAUCCAUGAGUACCCCACAGAUCACCAUCAUGACCGCAGGCCGGGAAGGCGAAGCCGCCGUCAAAGAAAAACUCGACAAAACUGGCCUCACGGACAAUAAAAACAAAAACGAAAACGAACUGGCCGAAAACGAAAAAUAUCUGACGAAAAUAAACACGGCGCAACCGCCGCGGUACGGCGCGAACUACAAACACGCGGUGAAAACUUACGGCGAAUUUGUCAACGCUAUGGACGAAAAUAAUUGAUUUAAAGCCUGUCGUAUGGGAUGCAAUGAAAUAAAAUAUACAGUAAAGUUUAAAAGACUUUAUUAUCAAGCAUAUCUAGGAAUAAAAUACACAACAUCCAUAGUUUCGUAGUUAUUUUCAUAAUUCUGCCUAUCAAUAAACAGAUAGAUAACCCCCCAAAAUUCGACCCUGCUCUAACGAGUUUAUUUAUAAGUACUCCUUCAAAAAUAAGAAUUUUAUGAUCACAAAUAUUUUGUAAAUUAGUUGUUACUUUACUUUCAGGUAGUCGAAACAUUUAACAAAGAUCCAUACAAAUGAGAAUAAUUUACUAUUUACUUUUAUUAUGUACUGACUACAAACAUUAUAAAACUUUAGAAGUUAUACUGCUCCUAAAAACCUCAUCAUACAUCUACAAUCACGCUUCUCGUUGCUGUUUGUUUAUAAUUAUUAUUAAUUAUGCUAGUUUAAUCUUAACACAUGGUUAAAUCCUACUUCUUGCAACUAUGCAAAUAGCAGACCGUUCGAACAGUACUGCAUGUAAACAGAAAAUAAUUGUAACCGACAACUCAUUUGAAAAUGCAUCCGAGUUAUCUUUAGUCACUUCUACCUAUG